UGCCUCAGUGGCCGUCAGUCCGCUGAGAGAUUCGAUCGAGUGAGCUUCGCGCUUCCCCAACCUGCAAACCCAGAAGUUUCAGCCCGAAAAGUGAAAACUGAUAGUCAAUAGGCCAGUGGUCGCAGGUGCUAACCGUAACGAGCUCAGGAUUAAAUAGAUACCGGAAACAAUCAUGGCAUCCCACUGGCCCCAAAAUGUUGGAAUACGCGCCAUCGAGGUACUGUUCCCCUCCCAGUACGUGGAUCAGACGGAGCUGGAGACCUUCGACGGCGCCUCCGCGGGCAAGUACACAAUUGGCCUGGGUCAGGCCAAGAUGGGAUUCUGCUCGGACCGCGAGGACGUCAACUCGCUCUGCCUGACGGUUGUGAGUCGCCUGCUGGAGCGGCACCACGUGAAGCACUCGGAGAUCGGGCGACUGGAGGUGGGAACCGAGACCAUCGUGGACAAGUCCAAGUCGGUGAAGUCGGUGCUGAUGCAGCUGUUUGCCGAGAGCGGGAACACGGACAUCGAGGGCAUCGAUACCACAAAUGCUUGCUAUGGCGGAACGGCGGCCCUUUUCAAUGCCGUGAACUGGGUGGAAUCCUCCAGCUGGGAUGGCCGCCUUGCCCUGGCCGUCUGUGCCGACAUCGCUGUGUACGCCAAGGGCGCAGCGCGUCCAACUGGCGGAGCUGGUGCCGUGGCCAUGCUGGUGGGUCCAAAUGCGCCGCUGGUCUUCGAUCGCGGACUACGUGCCACGCACAUGGAGCACGCCUACGACUUCUACAAGCCGGACCUCAGCUCCGAGUAUCCCACGGUGGACGGAAAGCUCUCGAUUCAGUGCUACCUGUCGGCUCUGGACACCUGCUAUCGUUUGUACCGCAAGAAGUUCGACCAGCAGCAGAAGGAUAGCUCCAAGGCGCCGGCCAGCCUGAGCACCUUCGACGCCAUCCUGUUCCACACGCCCUUCUGCAAGCUGGUGCAGAAGUCCGUGGGUCGCCUGAGCUUCAACGACUUCCUGCUGAGCAGCGAGGCGGAGCGGACGAAGCAGUUCGCCGGACUGGAGCGGUUCAACAGCGCCACCCUGGAGAACACCUACUUCGAUCGCGACGUGGAGAAGGCCUUCCUGACGCAUUCCGCGGAUGUCUUUGCCAGCAAGACGAAGAAGUCGCUGCUGCUGGCCAACCAGGUGGGCAAUAUGUACACCCCGUCCGUGUACUCCGGCCUGGUUUCCCUGCUGAUUGGAGAGCCAGCCAAGGAGCUGGUGGGCAAGCGGAUCGGAGUGUUCUCCUACGGAUCCGGACUGGCGGCAUCGAUGUACUCGAUAAGCGUGACCCAGGAUGCGGCUGCCUUCGAGCAGUUCGUCGCCAAGCUGGACUACGUGCAGCCGCUGCUGAACUCGCGCGAGAAGGUUGCUCCCGAGCAGUUCUCCGCGCUGAUGGAAGUGCGGGAGAAGAACAACCAUGCGGCGCCCUACACGCCCACGGGCAGCAUCUCCGCCUUGUUCCCCGGCACGUACUACCUGAAGGACGUGGACUCGCUCCAUCGACGCACCUACGAGCGCACGCCGACCAUCAGCAACGGGGUGCACUAACCUUGGGCUAUCGGUUCUGCGGUUUGGUUCUGGUUUCGCCUGCAAACUGACAAUAAAUCUAUUUCUCUCGACCAAACCCAUGUAAGCUGUAGCUGUAGACGGUAACUAAUUAUAAACGGUGCGAUCCCAGGGGUCGCUUUCCUUUCUCUCUCUUCUUAUUCGGGUCCUAAUCGCAUAUAUAUAGCACUACACCUAUUAUUUAUACAAGCUUGCGAAUUAACUCUUUCAUCCAGUCAGACCUUAUUUAUACCAUGGAACAAGUCUUAACUAGCGUCGGUACUGCAAUUUAUGCCUAUAAAUGUACAAUACUUAUACCUGUGUGUAAGGCACACAAUCAAUUGUUUUACGAACAAUAAAAAUCAACAAAGUCAAAUGAA